CCUAGUGAGAAGAAAAGGCAAGAAGAAGUGUAGCGACGGAGAAAGAGAAAUCUUUAGGGUUAGCUUGUAUACGCGCCCGCAUCCGCGUCUGCCUCCUCUCUUCUGCCAAGAUCUGAUUCGGGGGUCUGGGUGUUGUGUGGCGAUCGAAUAGGGAGGAACGAUGAGGGGAUCGCUCGGGAAGCUCGUCGCUGGGUCUCUCUCCCUCGCCGGGAGGUGGCAGAAGCAGCAGCUGCGGCGCCUCAACGUCCAUGAGUACCAGGGUGCUGAAUUGAUGAGCAAGUAUGGCAUAAACGUGCCAAAGGGAGUCGCUGUUUCAUCUGUUGAAGAAGUAAAGGAGACUGUUAGAUCUGUAUUUCCUAAUGAGAAGGAGAUUGUAGUCAAAAGCCAAAUUCUUGCUGGUGGGAGAGGCUUGGGGACCUUCAAAAGUGGGCUUCAGGGUGGAGUGCAUAUUGUGAAAACUGAGGAGGUUGCAGAUAUAGCUGGGAAAAUGCUUGGCCAGAUUCUUGUUACCAAACAAACUGGUCCACAAGGAAAGAUUGUGAGCAAGGUUUACCUGUGUCAAAAGUUAUCCCUUGUUAAUGAGAUGUACUUCGCCAUCACCCUUGACCGCAAGACUGCUGGACCACUAAUCAUAGCUUGCAGAAAGGGAGGAACUAGCAUUGAAGAUCUUGCGGAAAAGUUCCCUGACAUGAUUAUUAAGGUUCCAAUUGAUGUUUUCAAGGGAAUUACUGAUGAAGAUGCUGCUAAAGUUGUUGACGGUUUAGCACCUAAGGGAGCUGACAGAAGUGCUUCAAUAGAACAAGUGAAGAAACUUUACCAACUCUUCUGUGAAUCCGAUUGUACACUAUUAGAGAUAAAUCCAAUUGCUGAGACGUCUGAUAACCAACUAGUGGCUGCUGAUGCAAAGUUGAACUUUGAUGACAAUGCUGCUUUUCGUCAGAAGGAAAUAUUUGCUCUGCGCGAUCCAUCACAAGAAGACCCUAGAGAGGUUGAUGCUGCCAAAGCAGAUCUGAACUAUAUUGGUCUUGAUGGAGAAAUUGGAUGUAUGGUAAAUGGUGCAGGACUUGCAAUGGCUACGAUGGAUAUAAUCAAAUUACAUGGUGGUACACCUGCAAAUUUUCUUGAUGUUGGUGGAAAUGCAUCAGAAAGUCAGGUGGUAGAAGCAUUCAAGAUAUUAACGUCUGAUGACAAAGUGAAGGCAAUUUUGGUCAACAUAUUUGGAGGGAUUAUGAAAUGCGACGUGAUAGCAAGUGGAAUUGUCAAUGCAGCCAAACAGGUUGCACUAAAAGUACCUGUCGUGGUUCGUUUGGAAGGCACCAAUGUAGAUCAAGGAAAGAGAAUUCUCAAGGAGAGUGGAAUGACUUUGAUCACUGCAGAAGACUUAGAUGAUGCAGCAGAGAAAGCAGUGAAAGCUGCUGCCCAUUAGUUCAGUGGAAUUCUGAAUCCUCCGAAAUAAAGGUAACUUGGCUCGGCCAAGUUGUGAGAAAGUGGCCAACAGUGUAAUCCAGUGAGCAACGUCUCCGGUAACUUUUUGUUACUCUGGCCUGCUUCCAUCUAUUUAUCUGUCGGUAAUUUUUGACGUUGAUGUGGAACGAGUUUAUUCUGAUUCGGAGAUGGUAAAAUCUCCAUUCCUGGUUUUGUGCGUUUCUUUUGUUCAUGUGGAACAAAUGCUAUUAUUUCUGAUUCAA